GAGUGGCACCUGCCGGAUCGAUGCCUCCGUCAGUUUGGUCGGGAGCAGUGCAUUCCUUUGGAGGUCCCCGAGAGUCGAAGGGCGUUUCACCACAGAAAUGGUCGGCAAGGUACUCACGAUUGGCCCACGAAGUUGGCGACAAUGAUCACGAUAUGGGAGAACCGACAAUUUCAGGAGAUUGUCACUCCAACAAAUGUGGGUCGAAUGGGGUAUCAUGACCCAUACAUGGAUAGAUAUCGGCAAACAUCGGUUCGGUACGUGACUCCGGAGGGUGCUGCCGAUGGUGCAUUGGCUGAUGGGAUCGAGCGGAUCAAAGAUUUGACCCAUGGGAAAAAUGAAAUGGGCAGUGAAGAUGUGAGCUUCAUCAAGAGGAUGAUAAAUAGUCGGGUU